AUGAUGAUGAAACCUUUCCUUCUCUCGAAUUUAUCCUCUCCGCCACCACUCAUCAAUUCCCACCGCCUUCAAUGUAAAUCCCCUCCUCCGCUCUCCGCCGAUCAUGUCGGAGCCCUAACUCGAAUUCUCCGAAAUGGAGUUUCCAUCGUUCUCUCGGUUGGAAUUCUAUUAUCUUCACCAACGCCCUGUUUGUCAAUUGCAAUUGACUCGUCGCCGUCAGUUCGAUCAUCGCCUCCUGUUUAUUUGACUGAGAAGGACGCCAAUUGUCGUGAAGACGAAGCACAGGGCGAGAGGACCGUGGAUAAUAGUGAUACACCUCAAAUGGUGACUAAUGAAGGCUUAGUGGAAGAAGCGUGGGAGAUUGUGUAUGAGAGCUUUCUUGAUACCAGUCAACGACACCGUUGGUCUCCUGAAUCUUGGCUUCAAAAGAAGGAAAAUGUUUUGGGCACAUCAAUUAAGAGUAGGUCAAAAGCUCAUGAUAUUAUUCGGCGGAUGCUGGCAAGUUUGGGUGACCACUACACUAGAUUUCUCACUCCAGCGGAGUUUUCCAAGAUGGCGAGAUAUGAUAUGACUGGGAUUGGAAUUAAUCUGAGGGAAAUUCCAGAUGACACUGGAGGUGUGAAACUGAAGGUUCUGGGGAUCCUUCUUGAUGGCCCUGCUCAUAGUGCUGGUGUGAGGCAGGGAGAUGAGUUGCUGACAGUUAAUGGGAAAGAUGUUAAGGGAAAAUCUGCCUUUGAAGCAUCAUCCUUACUACAAGGCCCCAGUGAAACAUUUGUAAACAUCACGGUUAAGCAUGGAAAUUGUGGACCUGUGGAAGCCAUUGAAGUCCAGAGGCAAUCAGUUGCAAAAACUCCUGUUUUUUAUCGAUUGGAGCAGAUUGAAAAUGGUGAUUCUGUUGGCUACGUACGUCUGAAAGAGUUUAAUGCGCUGGCUAGAAAAGAUUUGGUUACAGCAAUUAAGCGUCUUGAGGACAUGGGUGCUACCUAUUUUGUUCUUGAUCUUAGAGAAAACCUCGGAGGAUUGGUGCAGGCUGGUAUUGAAAUUGCUAAAUUGUUUCUAAAUAAAGGCGAGACGGUGACUUAUACAGUUGGUCGGGAUCCACAGUAUGUCCGGAAUAUUGUAGCAGAAGUUCCACCUCUGGUCACAGCUCCUGUUAUUGUUUUGGUGAAUAAAAACACUGCUAGUGCAAGUGAGAUUGUGGCCACGGCAGUUCAUGAUAAUUGCAGAGCUGUUCUUGUUGGGGAGAGGACAUAUGGGAAGGGCCUGAUUCAAUCUGUAUUUGAGCUACAUGAUGGAUCUGGUGUGGUAGUCACUGUCGGGAAGUAUGUUACUCCAAACCAUGUGGACAUAAAUGGUAAUGGGGUGGAACCUGAUUUUCAGAGCAUUCCUGCUUGGUCUGAGGUCAUGAAACAUUUGUCAAAAUGCCAUAAACCACAAGAGGGUCCUGAAUUGAGCAUUGCGCAGAAUUGA